AUGUCCGCAGAUUUCUGGGCCGGUUACAUUUCAGGUGCUGCAGGCAUCCUCAUCGGGAACCCCUUGGACCUCGUGAAAACACGUCUGCAAGCGGGAAACGCAGCGCCCAAUGCCGAGCCUGUGACUGCUGGUACAGGCCCCGCUACUGCCACUGCUACCCUGCAUCCACCAUGGAGCUUCAGACAGCACUUUGAAAGCGCGGGAACACUGGUCAAGGGCACCACAGCGCCCCUCCUCGGAUACGGCGCUCUAAACGCGAUCCUCUUUGUAACCUACAACCGCACCCUCACAGCGCUCCACGACUCCCCAGAGCUCCCAGCUUCUUUCGCAAAGGUUUGGUGUGCUGGUGCCGCCGGAGGACUCGCGUCCUUUGUGAUCAGCGCGCCAACAGAGUUGGUCAAAUGCCGCGCCCAAGUCGCAACCGAUCAAGCUACCAGUUCGUGGACGGUGGCUAGGGAUGUGUGGAGGCGAGAAGGAAUACGUGGGCUUUACUACGGCGGCGGCAUAACAAGCGUACGUGAUGCGUUUGGGUACGGGUGGUACUUCUGGACGUAUGAAUGGAGCAAGCAAGCCGUGAGCUCGCCGACAGACACGGACAGAGAGACGGCUAUCAAAGUGCUCCUCUGCGGCGGAUUGGCAGGCGUAGUGACCUGGGCGUCCAUCUUCCCGCUUGAUGUUAUCAAGACGCGCGUCCAGACCCAGCUAUUGAACGCACCGUCGCAUGAACUGGGCGAGAGGGAAGCGUUGCUGCAUCGCGAGACACAUGGCAAGCGACUCAGUACACUCGAGGUGGCUCGAAAAGCCUACCAAGCGGAGGGAGCGGGAGUCUUCUUUCGGGGGCUCGGCAUCUGUAGUAUACGCGCCUUUGUCGUGAACGCGGUCCAGUGGGCUGUAUAUGAAUGGAUGAUGCGCCUAUUACGGCAACCUUGA